AUGCACACCCGCCACACUAACAACACCCAUGCACUCAAGCACACCCGCCACACUGACAACACACAUGCACUCAUGCACACCCACCACACUAACAACACUCAUGCACUCAUGCACACCCACCACACUAACAACACUCGUGCACUCAUGCACAACCGCCACACUAACAACACUCAUGCACUAAUGCACACCCACCACACUAACAACACACAUGCACUCAUGCACACCCGCCACACUAACAACACUCGUGCACUCAUGCACACCCGCCACACUGACAGCACUCAUGCACUCAUGCACACCCGCCACACUAACAACACCCGUGCACUCAUGCACACCCACCACACUAACAACACUCAUGCACUCAUGCACACCCGCCACACUAACAACACACAUGCACUCAUGCACACCCGCCACACUAACAACACUCAUGCACUCAUGCACACCCGCCACACUAACAACACACAUGCACUCAUGCACACCCACCACACUAACAACACUCAUGCACUCAUGCACACCCACCACACUAACAACACUCGUGCACUCAUGCACAACCGCCACACUAACAACACUCAUGCACUAAUGCACACCCACCACACUAACAACACACAUGCACUCAUGCACACCCGCCACACUAACAACACUCGUGCACUCAUGCACACCCGCCACACUGACAGCACUCAUGCACUCAUGCACACCCGCCACACUAACAACACCCGUGCACUCAUGCACACCCACCACACUAACAACACUCAUGCACUCAUGCACACCCGCCACACUAACAACACACAUGCACUCAUGCACACCCGCCACACUAACAACACUCAUGCACUCAUGCACACCCGCCACACUAACAACACCCAUGCACUCAUGCACACCCGCCACAUUGACAACACUCAUGCACACCCGCCACACUAA